AUGGCAGCCUACCGGCAGACUUUGGCAGCGUCGUUUCUCUACAAAUUCUACGUCGCCACGUGCUUGGACCUCUCCAAACGUGUUGGCGCAUCCUUGCCGCCGGCGCCAACCAUCGCUCCCGAUGAGGUUUCGGCGGCGAGAAGCUUCUUGUCGGAGGAUCGACCGUUGACUCAUGGCAGCCAAGCAUAUGUGGUCCCCAGUGGAGGCCUACAAUCCACAUCUGUGAUGGGCCAGGAUCAUGCCCCUCUGGAAGAAGAAAGCCGUGCUCCCGUGGGUCAGCCCUUGAUGCACCGUUCAGCCUUGCCGCAGUGCACUGGGGAGGCCAAGUACACGGACGACAUGCCCAAGUUGCCUGGCACCUUGCACGGAGUGUUAGUGCUGAGUGAACGACCUCAUGCUAAGCCACACGCUGCUUCGAGCCCAGCCAAAGCUUUCAAGGGCAAAGGUUUGGGAUACUAUUUGGACAACUGCGACGAGCAGAUUGAGAGCUUCUUUCGGAAGACGAAGCUUGAGACUGCCUAUCUCUUCGAAUUGGCGGAACGAGGCAAGUUCGAUCGCCUCAAAGGUUUGCUGGACGAGUUUCCACAUUUUUGGCAGGCGAGUGAAGCUGAUGGCACUUCUUUGCUACAUUGGGCCGCCAUGAGAAACGACGCCAAAUUUCUGCACGACUUGAUGCAGAGGACAGGUCUGGUGGAUGCUAUGGGCCCUGAGAAGCAGACGCCUUUGAUGUGGGCAGCUGCAGCAGGAUCCGUCGAUGCCAUGCAUGCGCUGAUUCAGAGUGCUGCAGAUUUGACCGUCAAAGAUGAGCAAGGCGCCACUCCUCUGCUCCAUGCAGUUCAACAUCAGCAACAUACUGCCCUGAUGCGGCUGCUGGCCGCAGGCGAGCCGAAACAGAUGGUCAUGGUGAGUGACUGGAAGGGCCGCAAUGCCGCCCAUUGGUCCGCCUUUCUUGGGGAUUCCACGAGUCUGAAACUGCUAGCUCACUUUGACAUCAACAUUCAUCACUUGGAUGAAAGAAAGAACACCGUCCUACACCAGGCAGUUCUUGGCAAGAAACCAGAACUCUUGGAGUAUCUCAUGGACAAGGGUGUCGACCCGGAGAUACACAACGCAGAUGGUGCCACGUGCUUGGACCUAGCACGAGACCAGGGGGACAAAAGCACUAUGAGCUCUUUGGAGAGGCUCCUGAAACCCAAAGGCCUAAAUGCCCAAGAAUUGGCGGAGACGGGAUCCGCAGCUUUCAAGAAGAGAGAUGUGACCGUCAACUCCAAGGAUCCCAGCAAGAUCUUGAAGCAGUAUGGAGCUGGAAUGUUUUGGCUUAUGUGCGUCUCGAUUACGGUGGUGGAGUAUCUCUUGGACACACGGCCCAUCAUUUAUGACUUAGCACCAAACCUUGCUGUCUGCUUCGAAGUUGGCACUGCGAUCUGCUUGGCGCUCUUCUUGUUGAUCGCCCUUGGAGAUCCUGGAAAGGUACACGUCUUGCCCGGCAGGACUCCUGGACUUGAAUCCUACCUAGGCCUCUUGCGUCAAGGCUACUCAGUAGAUGCCGGGCGGCUUUGCACCACCACCUGGUUGUUGAAGGACCUGAGAACCAAGUUCGACGUCAUGACGGGUGCUUGUAUCCAGGAGUUUGAUCAUUUCUGCAACUUCACCGGCUGCGCCAUAGGCAGAGGAAACCAUCGCAGUUUUCUGCUGUUGGCCACCAUAGAGCCCUGCACACAGCUCUGUUUCCUGGCCAUGUGCGUCGUUGUGGCCUACCGGCCCGUGGGGAUGCCACAGGACAUGGAUCAGUUCUUUUGGUUUCCCUACAACAUGGCGCUUCAUCUGCCGACGGCUGCCAUGCAGUAUCCCUUUAUGGCACUUGUCAGUAUCUUAAACAUGGCCACAGUUCCGAUGGUCGUCUAUCUUUGGAUGACUCAGAUCCUGAUGAUCAGCAUGAACUGGACGGUGAACGAGCACAUCAACUGCACGCGCUACAGCCAUUUCUGGGUCUUUGAUUCCUAUGGCAACAGGUCAAUGGCGAGUCCCUUCAACAAGGGCAGCACUUGGGAGAACUGGAAGGAUUUCUGCUGGCACCGGCGGCGCCGUGAACUGGGCGCCCAUGCCAGCUGCUCCAGCGCUACACGGAAGCUGGCAAUGGAACUGGCCAAGGCAGGCGCUCAAUGA